GCCGGGCGGGCGGCAGAAGAUGGCGAGGGUGUGUAGGCGGCAGCAAUGCUCAGUUGAGAGACGCGGCUUUCGGCAAGAACUGGACUCGUGGCGCCACAAGCUCAUUCACUGUGUAGGUCCCGUUUCCCUCUGUGCGGCGGCCGGCGGGACCAUAAGGGCUUAACUCAUAUAUUUAACCCCCCUCCAAAAAGGUUUCGUUGGAAGGAAUUAUGCAAAUCCUGCUUUCUGGUGUCCAUUCAGCGGCAAUUUCAUGCGGGUUUGAAAGUAUUCUUGAAGGGCUUUUUGGACCUGCAUUAUUAAAAGAUCUCAGUUUAUUUAAAGAGUGUGACUCUGAAAGCAUUUCUGAUUGGACUUUUGAUGAAAAUUGUCUGUUCUGUUGCUUGAGAAGAGAUAAAGUAAAGGGACACUUAGUCGGUCUGGAUGAACCAGUUUCGGGAGCUGAUCAAGAAGCUCUGCUUAAACAAGAGCAAGCAAAAAUCAUUCGAUUCGAGAGACAAGCAGAAGAGUUCCUCAAUGCAGUCUUUUAUAGAAAAGACAGUCCCUGGGUCUCCGACCCCAAUAUUCCCCUAGUGGCCCGUGAGAUCAUGCAGCGAAUGAUCCAACAAUUUGCUGCUGAAUAUACCUCAAAAAAUAGCUCUACUCAGGACCCCAGCCAGCCCAAUAGCACAAAGAACCAAAGCCUGCCGAAAGCAUCUCCAGUCACCACCUCUCCCACGGCUGCAACUACUCAGAACCCUGUGCUCAGCAAACUUCUCAUGGCUGACCAAGACUCACCUCUGGACCUUACUGUCAGAAAGUCUCAGUCAGAACCUAGCGAACAAGACGGCGUACUUGAUCUGUCCACUAAAAAAAGUCCAUGUGCUGGCAGCACUUCCCUGAGCCAUUCUCCAGGCUGCUCCACUACUCAAGGGAACGGUGAGAACUCAGCAGAGGCAAUAGCAGUAGAUUCUAACCAUCAGUCGAAGUCCCCGCUGGAGAAGUUUAUGGUCAAACUGUGCACUCAUCAUCAGAAGCAAUUCAUUCGUGUUCUGAACGACCUGUACACCGAAUCUCAACCAGGCACCGAGCACCUACAGCCUUCUGAAUUGGGAGCAAUGGAUGCAUCUACUUGCAAUGCUGGCUGUGCCCAGCUAAGCACCAAACAUAAGGAAAAGGAUGCUGUGUGUCUUGAUAUGAAGUCUCCUACUCCUGCAGAUUUGUUUGUAGACUCAUCAGGCUCGCCUAGCCCUCGACACUUGACAGAACAGACCCUGAAAGAGCCCCCUCCUCCUGAGACAAACCCUGUAGAUGGAAGAGAGAAUGUCUUGACUCUUCUCCAGAAAGAUGCCUCUGAACUUGCAACCACUAAACCUAGCUCUGGCAGUUCAAUGGAUAGUUCCACUGCAGGAUACCUCACUGCAUGUAAUUCUUCCUCAUUAAGCUCCCUCCACAUCUCUAAAAGCUUGGAGGGGCAAACCACUGGACAGGAGCAAGAUUCAAAUGUGAAAAUAUGCAGCGAUGGUCAAGACCAUAUGCAGAGUUCAGCUUUAGUAGAAAGUUUAAUUGCAGUAAAAGUGGCAGCUGAGAAUAGUGAGGAGGGCAAUAGCUGUGUUGCUUCUCAAAGAAAUUCGUUCAAAGCUUUAUCCGAAGAGGCUUGGGACUCAGGGUUUAUGGGAAGCUCGCCCAGAACUGCUGACAAGGAGAAUGCUUUACAGUGUAGCUCAAAAACACCUUCACACCAGGAGUUAGAGGCAGAUGAACAAGAUGCAAGGCCAAAGCAAGAGAACCAUCUUCACUCACUAGGAAGAAAUAAGGUAGGUUACCAUUUACAUCCCAGUGAUAAGGGCCAGUUUGAUCAUUCCAAAGAUGGUUGGUUAACCCCGAGCCCUAUGCCAGCCGGUCACAAAGCAUCUAAUGGGCAUUCACGAGCCAAGAUGAUGUCAGCCUCCAUUAAGACAGCUCGGAAGAGUAAAAGGGCGUCAGGGUUGAGGAUCAAUGACUAUGAUAAUCAGUGCGAUGUUGUUUACAUCAGUCAGCCAAUAACAGAAUGCCACUUUGAGCAUCAGAGGUCCAUACUGUCUUCCCGGAAGACUGCCAGGAAGAGUACUCGAGGAUACUUUUUCAAUGGCGACUGUUGUGAGCUGCCAACUGUUCGCACACUGGCGCGAAAUUUACACUCCCAGGAGAAAGCAAGCUGCUCACUGCCGGCAUCUGAGGCAGUGGUUACUCCCACACAGAUCCUUACAGCUUCACCCCUUAGACAUACCGUAGAUGGACAGCUUCCCAGAGAAGACCCCCCUGAAGAACCUGGUAAGGAGAUCAUCUGCCUCCUUGAGGAAAGAGGCCAGGACGCCUCAUCUGAGAGAGAGUCUCAAGAGCCUGAGGUUUGCCCGAUGAACAAAGCAAACCCAAGCAGCGCCCCCGAGUCACAGGAGACACCAGCUGCCAGCCUGUUGUGUCCUCUCCCUGCUUGGCUCCCUGAAGAGGACAGGCCAGAAGGUAGCCCCGCGGCUUCUGCUCCCACAGCAAGUGGAGUGUCUUCCCCUGCGGGAGACCAGCAGCCAGACCCACUGCUGGAUGCCGAGGAGAUGAGUGCAUCCCAGGACUGCCCCUUGGUUCCCACUACUGAGAGUAUCUCUGGGGCAGGCAGGGAAGAUGUCUCUAGGCCUCAUUCUUCUCCUGAAGCAGUCAGUAGAGGAGAAAGUCCUCUGAUCUCACAAAAUCAAAGUCCGCCCAUGGGCUUAGAGCCUCCCACGAGUCUGGGGAAGGCUGAGGAUGACCAGAGCAGCAGUCCUGAGGCCACAACGAGAGACACUCAGGAGCCGGACGCCAUCCCGCUCCUGAAGGAAGAUGGCGUUUUCACUCACAAAGACCCAGCCAGCGAGACUGAGGAUCCUGAGCCAGCACGUGAUAGAGAACAGUUAGAGGCAGAGGACUGUGAUACAAGAUCCUCCUCAGAGAAAGACACAAGCAAUCCAACCACUGACUCACCCGAAGAGAAUCUGGACAAGAAGAAAAAAGGGAAAAAGUUCCCAGAGGCCUCCGACAGGUGCUUAAGGAGCCAGCUUUCUGAUUCUUCCCCUUCUGGUAGGUGCCUAAGGAAUCAGAGUUCAGAUUCUUCAUUGCCUUGCCCUGAGGUCAAGGCUGCUAAAACCCCUGGUGCAAAACAUGCUAAAAAGGAAGGCCAUGCUGGCAGGACAACACCCGAGGGCUCUCCUGUCAACCAUGCCCAUACAGCAGCUCAGGAGGACCCUGAAAACCCACCUGCCGACGAACGCCCCACGGAGAAGGGUGCUGAGCAGCAGGAGGGCAAAAGCAGUGGGGUCAUCACCAGGCAGACUUUUAAAAACAUGCUAGCAAAAGACGCAGUGGGGGAAGAAGAAGUUUUCCCCAGCAGUGACCCCAUAGCCUCCAUUAGCCAACCACUGCCUGCAGAGAGACUGGAAAUCUAUGUUGAAUCUAAGACAGGGGAGACGAAUGCUCCUGUGCCCACAGCAAGUAUCCAUUAUAAGAGGGCCCUGGAAGAGUCCAAAGAGAAGCCAGGACAUCCAUGUGCCCAGGAGGUGGAGGAGGCUGUGAACGAGGGAGGCAGUGAAAACACCAUGCAUAAAGGUGAUGACACUGACACCCCCUCUGGCCCACUUGGCUCAUCAGAUAGUGGAGAUGGUGAAGCUGCUGGGCCACCAAAAUUGGUAGCAAGGCCAAAAAGACUGGCCUCUUCAACCUACAACCUAAGACACACUCACUCUCUGGACUCCGUGGAUACUACAAAAAUGACUUCCGAACAGGAAGCUGCACGAGGAAGCCCGAUGCCAAAGGAAAAUAAGGCCACAGAGAGUGGAGAUGCCCAGGAUGACGAUGACCCAGAGACAGUGGCAGACGAGCAGCCAAAGUUUAUGGAAUGGUGUACCGAGGAGGAGAACCAGGAGCUCAUCGCCAACUUCAACGCCCAGUACAUGAAAGUUCAGAAGGGCUGGAUUCAAUUGGAGAAAGAAGUCCAGGCAACGCCAAGAGCAAGGAACAGGUCAGAUAAACUGAAGGAGAUCUGGAAGAGCAAGAAAAGAUCACGGAAAUGCAGGGGCUCGUUGGAGGUUCAGAAGCUUUCUCCCGUUCAGAUGCUAUUCAUGUCAAACUUUAAAUUGUCUAACGUUUGUAAGUGGUUCUUGGAGACAACAGAAACCCGAUCACUGGUCAUUGUGAAGAAGCUCAAUACCCGUCUUCCAGGAGACAUCCCCCCCGUCAAACAUCCCCUUCAGAAGUACUCUCCUUCCAGCCUGUACCCCAGCUCACUCCAGGCGGAACGCUUGAAGAAACACUUAAAGAAAUUUCCUGGAGCUACUCCUGCUCGGAAUAAUUGGAAAACACAGAAGCUCUGGGCCAAACUUCGAGAGAAUGCUGACCAAGUGGAUCCAGAGGAUGGCAAUGAUGCCAGCCUCAACCCUCAUUCUGAGGAUGGCGUGGAGGACGUCAAGGACGAGAGAAACAGCCAUCGUCCUGCAAACCUGCCUACUCCCGCCAGUACCAGGAUCCUUAGGAAAUACUCCAAUAUUCGAGGAAAGCUCAGAGCCCAACAACGUUUGGUCAAGAACGAGAAAACGGAAAGCCCAUUGGGUCCGGCUGUGGAAAGCAAACAGAGUCGCAAGAGUGUUUGUAUCAACCCGCUGAUGUCCCCCAAGCUUGCCCUGCAAGUGGAUGCAGAUGGGUUUCCCAUUAAGCCCAAGAGCACUGAAGGAAUGAAGGGAAGGAAAGGAAAGCAGGUGUCUGAAAUUUUGGUUAAAGCAGAAGCUCAGAAUAAACGUAAGAGAACGGAGGGUGUCAGUACUCAGGACAGUAGGGACAGGGGACCAGUGGUGAAAGCCAUCAAAGAAAAGCAUGUUGAUGGAACCACCAAAACCCCUCCAGCCAGGAAGCCAACUGCAAGGGACAAAGCCAGCCAACUGCCCAAAAAGGUGUCUUUGAAAGAAAAUAAAGUGAAGAUCCCUAAAAAGUCCUCUGGAAAGAGCUGCCCUCCCUCCAGGAAAGAAAAAGAGAACACAAGCAAAAGACCUACCCUGCCCACUGCCUCUGAAACAGUAACGAAACCUGCAAAGCCAAAGGGGGCAAGUGAGUCCGCUUCCAGGCCGCAGAAAGCCACAAACAGGAAGCAGAGCAGUGGAAAGACCCGUGCCAGACCUUUGGCAAAAAAUCCAGAAAACAGAGCAGCCCAGAGAAAGCGAAAGCUGAAGGCAAAGCUGGACUCUUCCCAUAGCAAACGGAGGCGGCUGGAUGCAAAGUGACGGGAGAGCAGCAGCCCAGAGUAGACCUGUUCCAGAGAAGUAACCUUUUAUUUUGCAUUAACUGAAUCUGCUUUUAUAAGCUUCUCAAGCCUUUCAAGUUACAGUUAAUGGAGAACACCCCCAUUUGAGAUGUCAGAGAGUAUGUCUCAGGUGGAGCAGGGAACUUGCAGAGUCCUUCUCUGAGGCUGAGUAAGGGAAGGUAUAUAUUAUAUUCUGGUUGUUCCUUGGGUUUUAAACUUGGAACCAAGCAGUUUUCGUUUUAAAAAGUACAGUGCCUUAUUUAUCCUUUUUGUUUUUAGAUUUACAAAAGCUAAAAAGCUGAUCUAUGUGAUUAAAGGCUUGUAUUUUAUACUUGAUGCACACGCACUUGUACUGUAGCCGAGAAGACCACCAUCAUGCACAUGAAAGGAGCUAUCCAACAGCCGCCCUGCACAUCUCUCCCCAAACAGGUGUCCCUUCUUGCAGACCCCACCCGUGAACUUCCCUCUCCACCCUGUUUGUUUGUUUUGGUGAUAUUUGAAAGCUAAACCAAAUCAUUAUUAUGGUAUGUGGAAAAUGCAGAUUAUUAGGAUUACUAUAAAAGGUUAAUAUUUCUGUUACUCGGUUUGGAAAAAAAAAAAGAUACUCGUUGGUCACUCCUCUCACCUUUGCUCACAUGCUUUGAACAUGUAUUCUGAAUAACGUGCUCUUGGGAAGAAAGGUGUCACAGGUGUUAAUUCUGGCUUAUGGCCUCUAGAAAUUACUAGUCACUGCUACUUAACCAUCCUCUUUGUUUUUGGCUUUUCAAGCUUGCUAGCACUCUAAAGAUUUCAUUCUGCUUUUGGGGGGAAAAAAUCUAAUUUUUUUUUUUUCAUCUUUUAGCUGUAAUUUGACAAUGAAGAUGAGAAUGACUGUUCUUAUUUUCUUUCCUACCAGAGUGCUUCCAUACUCAGAAAGCCAAGAUGUAUUUCCAGUGAUACAAGAGUAGAAGGGUAUUUACGCACCCAGGCUUUGGGGCACAUUUGCAUGUGAUUAUCGGCCACAUGUGUCUCCUAAUGCCAGUUUUACAGUACAGUUCUUUUUUCCCAUGCAAUGUGCCAGGUUGUCCAUGGGCUGUAUCAUUAGCACAGGCCAGGUGGUCUAAAAGUGACGCAGUGUCUCCAUGAGCAUCACCAGGACUUCUUGGCCCCAGACUCAGAAAGGUCUAAACAGCACAGAGUUAUGGAAAGGUGAAGAACAGCCACAGCAUCUCGUAGUGCACCCACGCUUCCCCCACUCCCAGAGUUGACUUUAGCUGGUGUAUUCUGAUGUGAAUAUACUUGUUGGAGUGGAGGUUCAUCCUGAUUAAUCAGUGCCAUUUUAGUAGAUGAAUGGCUUGUAGCAUCACUCCAGCCCAUAGCAGAUCAGGCUAUGCUCUGUGGCUCGGAAAUGAGAACUGCAAUAUUUGUAGUUGGUGUUGUUUGCUUUUCCUUGUUGCAGACUGAGACCGGGUGCAUUGGCUUUAACUCAGUUGCCUGUGACACUGUUCCAUUAAAACACAUUUCCCCUGGGCCAUUCUGCAAAAGAAGUUUGUUAAAGCCUAAGCCAGCUUCUUUAACAUGUUCUAUCACCAAAAUAGGUUUGUGUAGACAGCUGCUGCCCUCUUUUUUUUAUUAAAAAUGUUUUCCACUUAGGUUAUUUCAGAUCCCUUUAGAUAAACUCAGAUGGACGUUUUUUCAUGCACAGCAGGAUAAACCAGACCAGCUCUCCAGUCUGUUAAAGGUUUGCUGUAUGUCAUGGAAGCUUCUGAUGAUUGGACAGGACUGGAGAAGAGCAUUUUACUUGUGAGAAAUUGAGAAUUGUGUUGGAUUUCGUAGAUAGUGAAGCUUACAGUUUUCAGUGAAGCCCUCAUUUAUUUUUUAAUGUCUCCUAUAUCCCAUGAGUUUCUCUCUCUCUCUCUCUCUCUCUCUCUCUCUCUCUCUCUCUCUCUCUCUCUUUUUUUUUUUUUUUUUAGCAUGUUUGACUUUGGCCAUUCAGGAGCUACCUAUAUUAAUGAAACUGCUGAGUGUGUAUGUUGGCAACCCUCUCUCAGCAUUAAGUUGCACAAAAGCAUUAAUAUGUUUUGAGUAGGUUUGUUUAUUUUUUAAAAAAUGGUUUUAAGGUUUAAAAUGUCUUUUCACAUAGUUGUCACUGGAUCUUGUUUGUGUGGUGACCUAAACAGCUUAUGUUUGCCACUGUCAGGCAUGCAGAUCCCUACAUGUAAGAGGUGCCCCUUGGCUGCAUUUAGACUACCUUGGGAGGUGCUUGGGUCCAGUCAGGAGGAGGUGAGAGGUAGUAAGCGGGUGGAACUUUUCCAGUUCCAAGUUUAUUACUCAUUCCAUUACUUUUCUAAGUUCUUCAUUUUUAAAAACUAACUUCAAAAUAAUAGCCUUCUCUCCCUUUCUAGGCUGCAUUUGAGAAAAGGCAUUUAUAUCACACACUUAACACUGCAAUGGAUCAUCUUUCAAAUCAGCUUACACUUUAGAAUGGUACAUUUGAGUAGACUGAGAUUCUGCAUAAUUAGUACACUUUAAAGUUUAGAAUUGUUUUUAUAUUUAUUGAAUCUCAUUUUCGCUGAUUCAGUUAAGUUUGUUACAAGAACAAAGAAAACAGUAGUAAAACUGAGGGCCGCCCCUGGAAGGCCCUUUCACACCUCACAUGCUGGCAGCGUUGUGGGCCAGACAUCCCCAAGCCCAGGCUGACCGUGGACUCUGAUUUCCAUCCCUUGCUGAGGCCUCCUUCCUCUAGCCACCUUCUAGUAUGGCUCGCCACCGUAUGCAAGGGUGCAAGGCCCACAUUCCGAUUCCGGAUCAGGAAUUCUGCUCCUGGGCCUGCACUCAGCGGCAUGACUGCCCCAGGACUGGGGCUGAACGUGAUGCCCACAGGGCUCCUCCGAGUUUCCAGAGGAGCUGGAAGAUGCCUGGGCAGCAAACACGGAAGCACCCCCGCAGCUUCCGCAGAGCUGGGCCUCUUCAGAAGACCCGUUCUCUGUGCCCUGGCGUCCCCCCCGCCCUGCAGUGGGAGGACAACACACAGACUGCUUGCUUGGGGUCCAGAGCCUCACUCCUGCACCCCCUCAGAUCUAUAGCAAUCUUGCAGCGCAGCAGGGAGGCCUCGGACCCUGGUUCUACAGCGAGGCUUCCGUCAGAGGAGUGUCCCUGCCGCUGUGAAUCAGUUGCUAGUCCCUUGAAUUCCUCGUUAAAGACUAAUACAUGGCUUUAUCCAAAACAGUGAUCUUAGCCUGUGGGUUUCAUGCCUUGCUGUUUGUUUAGUCGUGUGGCUGGAAGAGGUGCCCUUCAUCAUCACUUUGCCUGUGUGGUGCUUCCUAAUGGGAUCUUCCGUGCAUCACGUGCUACGCAGGUGAAUUUCUCACUGUCCAGGUAGAUCAUCGAUAUAAGGUGUCACUUCAGUUUGGCCUCUUUCUUGCCUUGUAAUGGUGGCCUCUGUGGGGAAGGCAGGAAUUGUCACUGUCACGUAUCGACAGCAGUCCUAUUGGUGAGUGGACCGAAGAGGCAGACAGGCAAGCACAGCGCGCUCUGUGACACAAACUGUAGACGCUGUAGUGUUAGGCAAGUCUGGUGCCUUCUCAGUAACACCUGGAACUGGGCUGGAAUGUCCCGAAGGUCUGGCCAGUAGCUCCUUUUGGGUUUAGGUCAGCCAAUGGAGGCUGCCCUUGGCUUUCCCAUGAUCUGCAGACUGUGGGCUGGUUGCUUGUUUUUGUAAAUAAAGUUUUACUGGAACAUGGCCAUGCCCGUUUGUUUACUUAUUGUCUGUGGGACAGAAUUGAGUAGGCGCAACAAAGAUCAUUUGGCCCGCAAAGCCUCAACUAUCUACUGCCUGGAUCUUUAAGAAACAAUUUGCUGCCCCCCUGCUUCAGAAAAUAAUCCCUUUUCAAAGACAAAUCCCUGACUUUUCUCCUCUCUUCUGCCUCUUUUUCUCUCUGUUCCCUUCAUUCCUUCCCCUUGCCCCUUCGUUCUUCUGUAUUCUUGCUAGAAGAGAGACAUAUUGAUACAUCACAUAAACCACCAUCUCCUGAAACUUGAGCUGCCUGAGCAUUCUGUCUCCCCUCAAAUCACCCAUCAGUAGUGACCGGAGCCAGGCCUCCCCAGCCUGUGGAGCCAGAACCUGUGAGCGAAAGGCAGUGAGCGCUCUCAAGUGCCGGGGCUUGGGCCUCUUGCUGCACUCCAAAUUUUCAGUCACACAGCUGACUCUGGAUUCACCUCUGGUUUACUGCUGAAGUCAAGAUUUUUAUUUUUGUUAAAAUUAAUGGAGAUUGUUUUAGAUGCACUUUUAACCCUCUGAAAUCACAGCUGUGGAAAAAGUCUUCUUCACAAAGGGGAAACAGAGACUCCAAACUCAAAGCAUUGUUUAUUCUUAAUGACAUUUUUGAUCAGCCUUUAGGCAAACAAAAAUGUAUUGACAUAAUCUUUUCAGUCAUAUGGUUUGAAAGCAAUGUUAUUAAAGAUAAGCCAACAGGGGCUGGCGUGGAGGCAUCGCAGGUCAAGCCACCACCUGCAAUAUCGCAUCCCAUAUCAGAGUACCAGUUUGAGUCUCAGCCUCUCUGCUUCUAAUCCAGCUCCCUGCUAAUGCACCUGGGAAGGCAGCGGAAGAUGGCCCACGUGCUUGGGCCCCUGCCACCCACGUGGGAGAGCUGGAUGAAGUUCCAGGCUGCUGGCCUCAGCCUAGACCAGCCCUGGCUGUUGUGGCAAUUUGGGGAGUGAACGAGCAAAUGGAAGAUCUCUCUGUCUCUCUUUCUCUCUCUCUCUGUCUUUCAAGUAAAAUAUAAAUCUUUUUAAAAAGAAAAGCAACAAAUAACAGGUUUUGAAGUACUCUGGAAAAAAAUGAUUCUGAGAAGUUAGGGAUUAAAUCGUUAGAUCUGAUCCAGGAAAUUCAUCUUUCCCCUCCCCUCAAAACUUAAGGAUAAGUUUCUAUGUCGUUUUUCAAAAUGAAGUUGAAAAAUUUUUUGCCAGUGUGUCCAUAGAGUGACUUAAUUGUUUCAGUUUUGAAACAAGAUUAUCAAUUUGAGAUGUUAGCUAUUACUUUCAUGUCUUCUUAUGGCUUGAAGUAUUAGAAACUUAUAUGUAAAUAUGAAAUCCACACUAUGCAUAUUACAUCAGCAAGGUCAUCUUCGUAUCCUGGCAGUAAGUACUCUUCCAUGCAUGUUCCCAAAUCCUUUUUCAAGGGAAAAUAUAUUAUUGUGUAUAAAACAAGCAGAAUUUUAGCAAGCCUUUUGAGACAACUUUCAAUAGAACUCAUCCCUUGAAACAUCCAGAGUCCUGCAUUCUGCAGUGGGCGUCCUGGAAGACUUGGGUGUGUAGCCUCUAUGCGUUAGAGAGGGUCAGACUCAGGCGAAACUGGAGCUCUCUGAUUCUGCUUCCAGCUCAAGGCUUCGCUGUGCUGUGCUCUAUUGGGCAUCCACCUUGGGCAUUGUGUGGAGGGUGUCUUUGCUCUUGCCUUUGCCCUUGGAAUUGAACCAAAGCUGGUCAGUUCCUUCCCUUGCCUCCUGUCUGUGUGAUCUUUUUCCCAGAGCCUUGGUGGUUUAUGCUUGGUGCUCAGGGGACAUCUUAGGCUCCACCCUUCAGAGGGGCAAUUGUGCAGCUAUGUUUUGCCCCUUGAGUACAGACUUAUGGCUUUUUCACCUGGCUGGGGCCACCCAUUCAACACAGGUUCUCAGUAUGCAGGCCACGUGAAAGUGCAGGCUGCCAAUUGGAAAACCAGGCGCACCGCAUUACAUGCCAGAAAUUGGACAUAUGGACGUCUUACAUAAAGAAGCUAAAUGUGGCGCACACAGCCUCAGGUGCUACUGCCUGGACCUUUACAGCCCAAGUUUACUGAACCUUGCAGUGGUCAUCUGAAGCCCCAUUUUGUUUGUUCACGAGUCCAGCUUUGUGACAGCUCUUCUGAAUUUCAGGGUAUCUUGCCUGUUGAUUUUGGUACACAGCUGCUCUUAGACAUUAUUCCUGAAUAAUGCUUAUACAUUUAAAAGAGAAAAAAUAUUCUUUCUUGACUGAAUAUUUGUUGAUGAUUAUGGACAUACAAUCCUAUCUACUAGGGUCUGUAAUUCAGCCUAAAAGUUCAGUCGCCUUCCUGUUUAUGAAUCAGAGUCAGUUUAACUCUGGUGGCGAGGCAUUCCACUGCAGCAGGGCUCGCCACUGAUGAUUUAGAAUAACGCCUGGCCCCAAAGGCAUACCAUGCUAGGUUUGACCCCAGGAGCCCUCUGUAUUACUUUUGUAUCUAGUGUAUUGGCAGGCUUCUUAACUCUCCAAGCUUUGGUCAUUACUUGUGUGCGGAGAUGGCUGGUCUUUGCCUGUUUGAGCCUUGAAUCCAGACCAUGGUUUUUCUUGUAGAAAUACCAGCAUGCCAGUGGCAACCUUUGGGCACACCAGCAGCUUUAGACCGAACAAGUUCAGAGCCCUCUGGCCUGGCCUGAAUCACCUCAUCUUGAGGAGCCAUCGUUAGUACCUUGCCUUUCCCUUCCUCCUUCCGCUUCUGCCACCAGCCCCCUCCCAGGGGACGUCCCCCGCAGGACAGUCUCCCAUCCCCGAGUGCUUCACUGAACACAGUUUUGCCACAGGAGACAUUUUUCUCUUCUGACUCUUUCAUGGUCUGGUAUUUAGCCAUUGGGUCCAAAUGCUAUUCGUUGAUCACCUUGGUUUUCACCCCCAUUUCCCAUGAUCCUCACCUCCUGUUGUCCUGUAACUGACGCUACAGUACUGGGAUCUUGGAGAAAGAUGCCAUACAAACAAGAUUUGUGAAAUUUUGUAAAUCUAUAUCAUGGGCAGGGAUCAUUCUGAGAGCCACUGUCACUUAAGUUUAUUGAUUUCAUUGUGGUUUGUGCACUCUCAAUUGUUCAAGGAGACUGUGGUUUGAUACAUUUAUAUAGUAUAUAUUGAUACACACCACUGUGGAAUUUCAUUUUAGUAUGUAAAUAGUGAUAUUUUCCUGUUCAGAAAACUUCUACAGAAAGUAUUUAUUUUAACAACAACCACCAACAAAAAUAACUUCAAAAGGGCUUUCUAAACAAGUGUUCUUUCUAGCCACCGUCCUCACCAGCUGUCCGGCCCAGCCGGGAACAUGAGGAUGGUGCAGUCAGGCAGGCAGAUGCGGCCUUGCAACCCUCGCGGGAUUUAGGCAGAUGCCGUGGAGAGUGGGAACCUUAGCAUUGACCUACUGUCACCCCACCCCAGGACACACAGUGGGUAUGGCUGUGCCCAGUGUGGCCUCGGGCUCGCCUCAGGCAGCCCAUUCCUUGCAUGCACCCUCUGACAUUCAAGCAUUCACUUCAGCCUGUGCAGGGAAAUGAGCCUUAGUUGCAACCCCAAGGAAAUACACACAUACACACACACACGCGCGUGCUGCCUAAAGAAAGCGUUCAGGUGUAUUUCUGCAAGGAAAUACACACACACACACACAGACUCACUGGCUGCCUGAAGAAAGCGUUCAGGUGUAUUUCUGCUCCCAUUGACCAUGGGAGGUAAGCAUGUUACCUUCUGCACCUUGACAGUACUCGUGAGCACCUUGGCUCUCCUCCUCCCCGCCCCCCGCUUGUCUUUCCUGCACCUCCCAUCGCCGUCUCAGCAAGCAUCUGUGCAGAUGUGGGCCAGUCCCACCUGUAACCAGUGGUUACAGAACAAGACCAUCUGUUCUAAGAUGUAUUCAGCUUUACUUCUCAGGAGUCCUGGUCUGCAGGUCAUAGCACCCCCAGAUUUCCCCGAGCCUGUGCUCCCUGGUGAUUGUGUGUUCUCUUGCCUGUGCCCCACCGGUGGGCGCCCCUGCCUGAGGCCUGAUUCUGCCCUGCCAGCUGGACUGAGGACUGCAGGGAGCAGGGGACCAGGCACACAGGGAUUUUUGUCAUCCAUUUGAACCAUAAUUUGCAUAUUUCCUUAUGGCCUCCCUUUGUCUUUCUAAACAAAUGAGGAGGACACUUGAACAGUGAUGCUGGAGAAUGUUUUUUCUAAGAUACUGUUUGUAAGCAAAUCUGAUGUUAAGAUGAAAUGUGAAUGGGUAACUAGGUGCCAGGGAAUUUAGCACUGAACUAGACAGUCAACUUUUUUAACCUUUGCAGGAAGAAAUACAUUUUGCUCUCAUCUAAAUGUUCACCAGAAGUAAUGUUGUAAAUAGUUUUCUAAAAAAUAUUUAUUACACGUGCUGUA